GAAUGGCAGUGAGUGAGUCUGUCAGCUGCUGUGAGGGUGGCUGGAUGCAAGCUCGUGUUGAUGUCUGAAAUCUGCUGACCGGGACGCUCUCAAUCUCUUUCAGAAAUGUACCAAUCAACCUUGGUGACACUUGCAGUGCUGAUCUGCUCUUCACCCUUGGUAAAUGGAGGGAAAGUCUUGGUGUUUCCUGUAGAUGGAAGCCACUGGAUCAACAUGAAAGUCAUCAUUGAAGAGCUUCACUCCAGAGGCCAUGAAAUCACAGUGUUGCGGCCAUUAGACACCUGGUACAUCAAGCCCGAGUCCCCUCACUACAAGUCCAUCACUAUAAAUUCCUCUGCUGGUUUUGAUGCGGAAUGCUUUGGGUCAUUCAUAACCUCAUUACUGAACCUUCGGCGGGAAGGUGCUUCACUUUGGAUUCGCAUUUCUAUGGAGUAUGAACUGAUGACCCAAUUCUAUCAGAUACAUAAGCAAGUGCUUCAAAUGGUGGGGGAGAUGUUUGAGAAUACCAAACUAAUGCAGAGCCUCCGCGAUGCCAAAUAUGAUUUGGUUCUGACAGACCCUGCAAUUGGUGGAGGUGUGCUUCUGGGUCACCAUUUGGGUCUUCCACUUGUCUAUAAUGUAAGGUGGAUUAUUCAGGAUGAGGGCCAUAAUACAAUUGCACCAACCCCAGUCUCCUAUGUCCCAUUAUCAGGGACACAGCUAAGUGACAAGAUGACAUUUACACAGCGAGUUAAGAACGUCCUUUACUAUUUUUUUACACGUUUUCAAAUUUGGUACGUCAUAGACCCAAACUACAAACCAUUUGUCCAUCGUUAUUUUGGAUCUGACGUACAUUACAUGGAGCUGUUCCAAGCGGCAGAUAUCUGGCUGAUGAGGAACGAUUUUACCUUUGAUUUCCCACGACCCACAAUGCCAAACAUCAUCUACAUGUCAGGAUUUCAGUGCAAGAACUCCAAGCCCCUUUCCAAAGAACUAGAAGAUUUUGUUCAGAGCUCUGGUGAACAUGGCAUCAUUGUUAUGACGCUGGGAACCCUGGUGGCAAAACUUCCUGAGGACAUUGCUGAGGACAUUGCAGCUGCUUUUGCCCAACUUCCUCAGAAAGUGAUCUGGAGGCACCAAGGCAAACGUCCAUCAACCCUUGGCAACAACACAUUACUCUUGGACUGGCUGCCUCAAAAUGACCUCCUGGGUCACCCCAAGACCCGAGUGUUUGUGGCCCAUGGAGGCACAAAUGGAAUACAGGAAGCCAUCUACCACGGUGUCCCCCUGGUCGGCCUGCCCCUCAUGUUUGACCAGCCUGACAACUUCUUCAGGAUGAAAGUAAGAGGUGUGGCCAAAGUCCUGGACAUUGCAACUGUGAACAAAGACAACUUCCUGGAGGCGCUCAAAGAGGUACUCUAUCAACCAAGCUACAGGGAGAAGAUGAAGAUGCUGUCCAACCUGCACAGAGAUCAGCCCAUGAAACCACUGGACCGUGCCAUAUUUUGGAUUGAGUUUGUCAUGAGGCACAAGGGAGCUCCACACUUAAGGACAGAGUCUUAUAAGAUGUCCAGGAUCCAAUACUACUCAAUUGAUGUGAUGGCAUUUCUGCUGGCGGUUAGUUUGCUAGUAUUUACUGUUUUUAUAUCUGCAAUAAAGUUUUUGUGGCGGAGAGUGUUUUCUAGAAGCAAAGUCAAAAAGGAAUGAUGAAGCUAGCUGGGUUUUUGGAUCCGGAUUUCUCGAAAAAAAACAAAAAAAACAACCAAGUCUGUUUUUUGAGUCAUGACCACAGUACAAACAGUCUUUGACUGGUAUCCUAACAUGACCGAGUGUGUAGCUGAAUGCAACCGCAAUCCUCAUAUUGUCUAAUGAUCUCAGCCAAGGAGGUCGUGUUUCUGUUCUGUUUGUUCAUUUGUCUGUUUGUUAGUUAGCAGGAGAUCUCAAAAAUGUGCAAAUAAUUUUCAAAUAAGGAUAAAGGAUUUCGUAACACUGCAGGAUUGGGAAUGUAUUUCUUAUUCUCAUAAAGUAAUGUACGUACUUAAAUGAAAUAAAAUACGUUUUACAAGAACUGGAAAGUGUAACCUGCUAUUGUCUGUUACUAAGGUUGGGCGAUUAUUGAAUAUUGUUGAUUGUCUUAAUAAUGAUUUUAAGCAAGCUGUGAAUAAAAACUAAUUUUUUGUUUAGCACAUAUGAAAAGUUCUUUAUCAUUUCCUGACAACAUUUUAUUAUUUUAUAUGUACUUCUGUAUAUG